AUGUCUGAAUUAUGGUACCAACAGCCGGCAGCUCACUGGAAUGAAGCACUCCCAGUGGGCAAUGGCCGUCUAGGCGCCAUGGUGUAUGGCCGCACAGACACAGAGCUCCUGCAGCUGAACGAGGAUUCGAUAUGGUAUGGAGGGCCACAGGACCGCAUUCCGAGAGAUGCCCGGAAAUAUCUUCCCCAAUUGCGAGAGGCCAUUCGCGCAGGAAACCAUGUCGAGGCAGAGAAGCUGGCAGAAAAUGCGUUCUUCGCCUAUCCAAUCAGCCAACGCAGCUAUGAACCUCUGGGUACUCUCUUUCUGGAUUUUAAUCAUAACCCUGAACAUGUCUCAAAGUACCGACGGUCGUUGGAUUUGUGCAACGCCAUUGCGCGUAUUGAGUAUGAGCAUAAAGGAGCCCGAUUUGAACGAGAAGUUUUGGCUAGCUAUCCCGAUAAUAUACUGGCUAUCCGGGUCCGCUCAACGAUACAAGCCAGAUUCAUUGUGCGCUUGACGCGCAUGAGCGAGUUGGAAUUUGAGAGCAACGAAUAUCUCGACGACGUUUGUGCUACCGGUAACGCUAUUACCAUGCACGUUACGCCAGGGGGUAGAAACAGUAAUCGAGCCUGUUGCAUUGUCGGGGUUCAGUGUCACGAUGAGGCAGGCACAGUCACUAGUAUUGGAAAUAAUCUUCUUGUUGAAUCUGGCGAUGCCGUCCUGCUGGUCGCAGCACAGACUACUUUUCGCCAUCAAGACAUUGAUCAAAGAGCAUCAUGCGAUAUUAAUGACGCCAUCAGCUGUUCUUUUGCUGAUCUGUUGGCUCGACACACUGUCGACUAUCACUCGCUGUAUAAUCGCAUGGAUCUGCAACUGAGCCCGAACUCGCCUGACAUCCCAACAGACCAGCGCCUGAAAUAUACAAGGGACCCCGGCUUGAUCGCACUCUACCUCAACUAUGCACGCUAUCUUCUGAUAUCUUGUAGUCGGACUGGCGACAGAGCCCUCCCUGCGAAUUUGCAAGGCAUCUGGAAUCCAUCUUUUCACCCAGCAUGGGGCUCAAAGUUCACGAUCAACGUCAACCUUCAGAUGAACUAUUGGGGCGCAAACAUGUGCAACCUAUCAGAAUGCGAACAACCUCUCUUCGAUCUACUCGAGCGCGUGGCGAAGUCGGGCAAGGCUACUGCACAGAAGAUGUACGGUUGCCGGGGUUGGACUGCUCAUUCCUGCACGGAUAUCUGGGCCGAUACCUGCCCUGUUGAUCGCUGGAUGCCAGCAACUGUUUGGCCACUUGGUGGUGCUUGGCUCUGCUAUCAUAUCUGGGACCAUUUCCGUUUUACUGGGGAUGAGAGCUUUCUCCGGCGCAUGCUCCCGAUUCUGCGUGGAUGUGUAGAGUUCAUCCUAGACUUUCUGAUCGAGGAUGCAGCGGGCGUAUACCUUGUUACAAACCCGUCACUAUCUCCGGAAAAUACAUUCUACGAUCACAAUGGGGAGAAGGGAGUUCUAUGCGAAGGCUCGACGGUUGACAUCCAGAUUGUUGACGCCAUCUUGGGAGCCUUCAUAUCUUGCAACGAAGAGCUAGAUAUUAAGGACAUUCUCCUUCCCGAAGUCCGCGCCACACGAUCCCGACUACCACCAAUGCCGAUCAGUAACUCAGGAUACUUACAAGAAUGGGCUUCUGACUAUGCCGAAUUUGAGCCCGGCCAUCGACAUACAUCUCAUCUAUGGGCACUACAUCCCGGCAACGCCAUCACCCUGGCUAAGACCCCAGAGCUUGCCAAUGCCUGUGGAGUAGUCUUGCGUCGACGUGCACAGCAUGGCGGUGGGCAUACAGGAUGGAGCCGUGCGUGGCUGAUCAAUCUGCACGCACGAUUAUUGGAAGCCGACGACUGCAGCAAGCAUCUCGACCUGCUCUUGUCCAAAUCUACUCUGUCAAAUAUGUUGGAUAGCCAUCCACCGUUCCAGAUAGACGGAAAUUUCGGAGGUGGCGCAGGCAUUGUUGAGAUGCUGAUUCAGUCUCACGAGCAGGGGAUUAUUCGGCUCCUGCCAGCGUGCCCUAAGGAUUGGAAAGGUUCGAUUCGCGGCGUACGAGCGCGCGGUGGCUUUGAGCUAGAUUUCGGCUGGGAGAAUGGGCGUGUCACUGGUGCUGUGACCAUCAAUUCGACAUUGGGCAAGCAUGUUUUGGUCUUUUUACCCGGCAAUGAUGGAUUGCAAGUCCACAUCGAGGGACCAGGUGUGCAUAGAAUCGAUGCGCCAUAG